CAACCGUGUCUUUCGUCUUUCUCUCAUACUUGUAAACCACCCCUCCGACAACAUCGCCACGAUGGACGCCGAAAAGGCCGCCUUCGCGGCCACCGACGCUACGAUCGACUCGCCCUCCCCAGCAGGCAGCACCAAGGCCUCCAAGCCGACCGACGCGGACCCGCUCGACCCGUCCGAACUGGUCGAGUAUGAGAUCCCGCCUGAAGAAAACCGCGCGCUCCUCCGCACGCUCGACUGGCACAUUGCGCCGGUGUGCAUGGUGCUGUACUUGAUUGCGUUUUUGGACCGCGCGAAUAUCGGCAACGCCGCAGUCGGGGGCAUGGUCAAGGACCUGCACUUCCCGCCGAACGGGCUGUCGGUCGCCACGUCCAUCUUCUUCGUGACCUACGUCGUGUUCGAGAUCCCGGCGACCAUGCUCCUCCGCACCCUGCGACCAAGCCGCAUGAUCCCCGCGUGCGUGAUCGUCUGGGGGGCCGUGGUGCUCGGCAACGGCUUUGCGAAGAACUACGCGACGGUGAUUGCGUGUCGGCUGCUCCUUGGUAUCUGUGAAGCCGGAUUGUUCCCCAGCCUCGUGCUGUACAUGACGAGCUUUUAUCAGCGCGAGGAGCUGGCCCUGCGGACGUGCUAUCUGUUCGUCGCGAGCUGUGUGUCUGGCAUUGUUGGCGGUCUGAUUGUGAGUUUGUUUGACUUCAGAAACCCGGAGCUCACGACGCCCAAGGCCACCGGCUUCCUCAAGAUGCACGGCCUCCGCGGGCUGGCCGGCUGGCAAUGGCUGUACGCGAUCGAAGGCGCGCUCACCAUCCUCAUCGGCAUCGGCUCCGCGUUCGUCAUUGCCGACCGGCACGAGAGCGCAAGCUACCUCACUGAGCGGCAGCACUUCCUCAUGCGCGUGCGUGCGGCCAAGAGUGCAGCGUAUACCCGCGACGACGGGUUCGUGUGGGCCGACUUUAAGAAGCACGCCUCCGACCCGAUGAUUUACCUGUCGGGCUUCGUGCUUCUCUGCAUGGACGUGUGCAUGUACGGCUUUUCCACCUUCCUCGUCGUCAUCAUCAACGGCCUCGGCUACACGCCCAUCGUCUCGCAGGCGCUCACGGCCCCAGUCUACUUCUGGGGCGCGACCGUCUACCUGAUCGGCGCGGUGAUCAGCGACCGCUACAGCGUGCGGUACAAGAUCAUCAUCCCCUGCGGGCUGGUCACCGUCGUCGGGUACGCCAUUCUGGUGUCGUACCCGCGCUCCGUCGGCGUGCGCCUCUUCGCCACCUUCCUCUGCUCGCACCUGUACAUCUGUGUCGGUCUCCACGUAACCUGGCUCGGGCAAAACAUGGCUGGGUACCGCAAGCGCAGCUUUGCGAUCGGCACCCAGCUCACGAUGGGCAACAUUGGCGGCAUUAUCGCCGGCCAGAUCUACAGGACGCCAGACAAGCCCGUCUACCGCCUCGGCCAUGGCGCAAGCUUGGCCUUCUGGACCACCGCGCUCAUCUUCGCCUCGCUCGAGUGGUACAUCUGGCGCGCGCGCAAUAUCGCCCGGGAUAACAUGACGGCCGAGGAGCGCGCCGCCGACGAAAAUGAGGGCGACCAAGCCGCCGACUUUAGAUACGUGCUCUAGACUUGGACGCGUAGAUGGUUUUUAUAAUGCACUGGAU